AAUCGACACUUGUUGAUGUCGAUUAGGAAUUUCAAUGUUUGGAUGAUGUUCUGCUGUUUGGAUUUUAGGUUUUACUUUUUAAAAAUCUAAUUUUGCAUUUUUUCAUAAUUUUAUAUUGUUUGUCGGCUUGUGAUAUACAAUGAAAAGUUAAAAUGUGAAAUGGUGGAACUUGAUUUAAUUGUUUUCAUCGAGUGAACAAUCACAAUUUGUUUUUUGUUAGGUUACUAUUUAGGUGAACAAUGGCCAGUUCAAGUGCAAAUAAUUCCGGCCCAUCAAAUGCGUCCAAAGGAAAUGCAGCUAUCGAGUGUUUCUCUCCAGAAUUAUUUGUUGAAACUAGUAUGAACUUUUCCUCAUUGCCCAAAGAAAUUAAAGAAGAGCUAUUCACUUCAGAAUGUAAUGCAGAAGAUGAUACUACAAACGAUGCACAGGUUAAUUCUGUAAGAGAAUCAGGCGAACAUUUCAUGUCCAAUGAAAUAACAACUGAAAAUUCAACUCUUGAUAAUUCAAGUAUCAGCACCUCAAAUGAAAUUGAUUGUCCUAUUCCGUCUAAGAAACCUAGAAUGAAACGCGUUGCAGUUAGGCAAUCAAAUAGAGACAGAAGAGAGAAAGGAGAGUUUUUCACCACUUACCAAGAUAUUGUAAAAGACAGGGACAAAUUUCGUGAUUAUUUAGGUAUGGAAUUUGAAACAUUUGAGUUCAUUCUGGAUAAACUGAAACCCCAUUUGACAAAGCAAUACACCAACUGGAGUGUAAAGCCAAUUGCUGCAGAAGAAAGGCUGGUGCUAUUUUUAAGGUACCUGACAGUCGGCAUGUCGUUCUCGUCACUGGCGUCUUCAUUCAAGCUGGGCUGCAGUACGGUGAACAAGGUCAUCCUAGAGACGGCGGAGGCGGUCUGGACCGAGCUUCAGCCCCUCUACAUGCCGGUCCCCUCGGCGCUGGGCUUCAAGCACGUGGCCGACGAGUUCGAAUCGACCACCGGCUUCCCGCACGUGCUGGGGAUCAUCGACGGCAGACACGUCCGAGUCAAGUGCCCGGACAACCCCGAGUCGCUGGCUGAGAAGAGCAACUACUCAGUAGUCCUGCACAUCAUCGCCGGCGCCAACUGCAGGAUACUGUUGACCGAUGUCGGCUGUUUCGGGAAGCACGGCUGGGAGUGGUCGUUCACGGAAUCGCCGCUCUACCGGCAGAUCAAGUACCUCAAAAUCCCCGCACCUACAGUACUCUCCAACAGUGACAACGUCAAAGCACCGUACGAGUUCUUGGGGGCGGAAAACUAUCCGCUCCUCAACUUCGUCCUGCGCCCCUACUCCAAACGCGACUACACAAAGGACCCCUGGAAGUCUGAGUUCAACAAUCAGUUCGAGAAAACCUUCCAGAUCUGUGAUCGUACGUUUGAUAUAAUGUUCUCGCAUUGGAAGUUCAUGUGGAAUUCGGUCACUUCGAACCUUACUAGUAUUGCCACCAUUAUGAAGUCCACCUGUGUGCUCCACAAUCUCCUGUUGGCUCGGGAGCCGGACUACAUGAAUGUGCAAAAGGAGACAGUGAAAAAGAUGAGCUUUCGACUGAGGAAGCCGGGACUUUCUAAUUUGACAGCUCGUGAACGACGACAUAUUUUUGGCCGAUAUUUUGCGGACAGCCUCCAUAUUUCGAUACCGGCAACGACUGAGCCAGUGGAAGAACAACAAGAACACUGAUAACUUAUAGCUCUUUUUUGUUCGUUAGGGCCAGACCACAUUAAGCGUUUUUCAGAUGUUUUUAGAGCCUCAUUUUCCGCUACAGGGAACGACUGAGACGUUGGAAGAACAAAAAUAAAACUGAU